AGAGUUUAAACACGCGCGCGCUCACAUCUCUGUUCUAAAAAUGCAUUAGUCUUGGCUCACGGCGGUUGAGUGUUAACCACCAUUAUUAACGUCGGGAAAUAUUAUUAACGAAAAUUAAUUAGACAUAUUCAAAAUAAAUAACGGCCAAAACUCAUAUUAAUCGUUAUUUUACUAUAUAUUCUGAUUUAAUUUUUUUGCGGACGUACUAAUACGCAUUAUUUUUUUUGUGACUACGYGGAUUUAUUUAGACAUUAAAAUGGCUCAGCUAAUAACUUUGAAAUUAUCCAGGCACGAUCAAUCAUCUCCGUGGGGAUUUAGAUUACAAGGAGGCAAAGAUUUUGGGACACCGUUGCUCAUACAAAAGGUGAAUUUCGGAAGUUUAGCCGAGAAAUCYGGUCUUCAAGUAGGCGACGCCCUAGUCAGGGUCAACAAUCAAGAUGUUUAUGACGUGAAGCACAAGGAUGCCCAAGAUGUUAUCCUGGGAGCUGGAAACGCUUUUGAGGUGACCAUACAACGUGGUGGAACAAGUACAUGGAAACCAUCAGUAACACCUGUUGGACCAAGUCCAGUGCCCAGCCGUCUGUCCCAAUCUCCACAAAUACUGACAAAAACGUCCUUGGCCAAAGUUGGACCACAAACUCCUGAAUUUGGUUCUUCGCACAAUUCUGUUUCACGACCAUAUAGCGGAGCUUCAUCGCCUAAAGUUAAUCCGGGUGGAUACAAUAAUGAUUCUGGAACUGUUAAAGCUAUUGUAAAUAAACAGUACAACACACCAGUAGGCAUUUACAGCGAGGAGAACAUUGCAGAGACGCUUACGGCUCAAGCAGAAGUAUUAGCCGGGGGAGUAUUAGGAGUCAAUUUUAAAAAAAACGAAAAGAAUUACGAAGCUAAUAACAGCGAAGUGUUGAGAAUGGUACAAGAAGCCGAUAAAGAACCAAGGGAUUUAAAUACAGACCUGCAAUCGAAAUUCGCAUACUUCUCGGCUUCAAGCCAUGCGAUAGGGGGCCGUGCUACAUCACCGCGCCCUAUGACACCUAUAGCAGCAAACAUGCACAUGCCCGAACAACGAGAUCCAUAUUUGGGUUCUCCUUUGAAAGAAGUGGACGUGGAGAAUGUUAAGCCUAUUGAGUGCAGCGAUUGCAGAAAUGAUAUUAUUGGUGUGUUCGUACGCAUCAAAGAUAAAAGUCUGCACGUUGAGUGCUUUAAAUGCGCCACUUGUGGAUCGUCUCUGAAAAACGUAGGCUAUUUCAAUAUCAACAACAAAUUGUAUUGCGACAUUCAUGCCAAAAUGGUUGCCAGACAAAAUCCACCGGCACCAAAUUUGGAACCAGUUGCCGUAGCACCAGGCUCAAAUCCGCCUUUAGGAUCGUUCAAUAUAAUACCAACUAAACCAAAGGACGUACAACCCCUGCAAUCGCCACAACCAAGCACUUUAUCGCCAAUACCAUUCCACGCUCCAAAAGCUCCUAGUCACGUAAACGCCCCCAAACAGCAGACUCCUUCGAAAGUUUUUUCAAAUGCUAAACCAUACGAAGCACCAAAACAAACACCAACUCYUCCAAAGUUCUCUGGUGGAUACAGCCAAGUUCAAACCGAUGAGUCUAAAAAUUCUGUUAACUCCCAACCAAGAUUACCUUUCUUAAAACCUAAAUCUUCGACUGGUUCUGCAUUUUGUCCUGUGGUUUCUAAACCAUUAACUACUGACUCUAGUAUAUGUCCUACACCAUGUGCCAAAGAUGUAAGUCGUACACUAAACCAAUGUAAACAAUCGUUAAGUGCUUCGAUAUCCACGCAAAUGUUGAUAGAGUCAUCCAAAGAAGAACGGUCAGAAUCACCAAUUCCAAAUUACUAUGAUAUAGAACCUUCUACUGCAGAAGUGCCUUGUGAAAUUCGGUCUCUUUUGCCACCAAAUAAGAAUGUCAGAUCCAUUUCACCUACUCAUUUGAUAAUAUUUCCACCAGAAAUUCCACAGGAGUAUAAAAAUUACAGUAGGUCAAAAACCUCAACACCGCAACCAAAACAGGAAAUUAAUGAAGAAACCGAAUCACGAAAUUUAAUUAAUUCUACCGUUCAUCAAAUGGAAAGCACGAUUUCUCGAUCCACUGUUGAAUGCUUAGAAGUUGUAGAAUCUAAAAACGUUCAAAAUGUUGAUGAUCAUUGUAGUCCGAAACCCGAAAUACUUGACAUCAUACAAGAUCAAAUGCAUUCUCAUACUACUGUUACUGAACCUAAAAUUAAAUCGAAACAAUCGAUGAUUGUAGCAGAAGAAAAUAGAUCAGAAUCGCCUAUGCUCAUUGCACUAAAAACUGCUCCCGAGAGAAGUUAUUCCCCACUCCCAACUUUUGUGGACGCUUCAGAAUUUAUUAAAAAUCCAAUAGAAAAUCCCACAGAAGAAGAAAGACCAAUGACCAUGACAGAAGCGUUAGCAAUAGCUCCCGAUCGUAGUUAUAAAUUAACCGAAUCAACAACGUCAUCAAGACAAGUAGGGAACAACCCGGUUCGAUAUAUGCAUGGAUAUAAUAAAAAAACACCCGUGGCUCCUUUACUAAUGACAAGGUCAUUGAUAUAUUCUCCUGCAUCAGCUAUUGAUUCCGAGGAAGAACAAAUAGCUAUUUUAGGAUUGAAAUCUUUCCCUCCCGUAUCGGACGAGCUUAAAUGGUCCACAGCAGCAGGGGAUUUCGACCGUAGUGAAUCUAGUUUUGAAUAUGUAGAAGAAUUGGUUUUUGACGAUCCCAAACUUGAAGAGCUAAAAGAAGUGAUAAAUGAAGAAAUAGAUGAGGUAUCAAAACCAUCURAUCCCUUACCUAGACAUCCCUUUACCGCUUCAGGUCUCCAUGAGCCAUUUGAUAUCCCACGCUAUCAACAAAGUAUACCAGAAAAUCCUCAUCGAAAUACCCCCUCUGAAAAAUCUUGUGCAAAAUUAAUAGGUCCAGGAAUUCAAGAAAAAGUUUCUUCGUUUACACCAAAGACAUCUAUUAAAAAUACUUCGUUUUUAAAACAAGAAAUUCAUGUAAAUUCUAAAGUUGCUCCUGCCUUAGGUUACGAGCCAUCAUCUUUAAAUGGGAGUUUUAAUAAAUCUAAAAACGCUGAUCUCGAUGUCACGAAAUCGAGCGAUUCUGAACUCGUUUCAUCUAAUAGCACGUCUGUCAUCGCCACUCCAAAAUCUACUCCUAUACCUAAAUCCUUUAAAAAGUCUAUUCCAUUAACAGAACAAAUUUCCAUAACUAACGAUACUUCAGCAGAACCGGUCGCUCCUAUGCCUAAAUCAUCAUUACCUGCUGCAUUGUUAUCUAAAAAAUUAACAUGUCUUACAAAAAAACAACAACCUAAAUGUGUUCCAACACCUAUACCCAUACCCGAUAUAGGUGGUCAGCCGACGGGAAGAGCUGGUGCCUCUGCUGGUCUCACAGCACCCAGGAGGGGUCGUGGAGUGCUGAACCCACAAAAUUUAACCCCGGGUGCUAGAGUGCCGUUAUGCGGACAGUGCAAUUUAUACAUCAGAGGACCAUUUAUUACCGCUCUCGGCAAGAUUUGGUGUCCGGAACAUUUUGUAUGUACAAAUGAAAAGUGCAGACGUCCAUUACAGGACAUUGGUUUUGUGGAGGAAGACAACGGCCUGUACUGCGAAUACUGUUUUGAGCAAUAUAUCGCUCCUGUGUGCUCCAAGUGCUCCAAGAAAAUCAAAGGGGAUUGCCUGAAUGCCAUUGGAAAACAAUUCCAUCCAGAAUGCUUCAACUGUACUUAUUGCGGUAAGCUUUUCGGUAACAGCCCGUUCUUUUUGGAAGAUAGUCUUCCAUAUUGUGAAAAUGAUUGGAAUGAAUUGUUCACGACUAAGUGCAUAGCUUGUGGUUUUCCAAUUGAGGCUGGUGACCGUUGGGUCGAAGCUUUAAAUAACAAUUAUCAUAGUCCGUGCUUCAAUUGCUCGAAAUGUAAGGUCAAUUUGGAAGGACAGAGUUUCUAUGCGAAAGGAGGAAGGCCUUAUUGCAAAAGUCAUGCACGCUAAUAUCAAAUACAUACAUCAAUAUUGACCAUUAUGAAUAAUUAUUGAUAACUUACCAAACAAUUUUUAUUGACGUGUACCAUUUCAUUUUAAACCAUUUAUUUAUUUUCUAGUUUAGUUUUAGCUUAAAUAAUCCAUACAUUUUUUGACUUAGACGAUGCUUAUUUUUAAUUUAUUAACAACAAUGUACCAAUAAUUUGUUAAGGUGUAAACCUAAUCAUUUAAUUAAUUAUUACUUAUACGUAGAUACCAAUAAACGUGUAUUUAGGUAAACACAUUAGGUACAAUUUAAAGUUAAUAAUAUAUAACAUUUUUUUUUUUUAGAUUAACGUAGCAAAUGACAUACACAUAGUUUC